AUGGCUGGAACUGGCCCGACGAUGGCUGAAAUUCGUGCAAUCUCACUUCGAGGCAAACCAGAUGCAGACAAGAUUGGAGAAGAUUUUGGUGUUGCAGUCCUUCCUCAUGAUGUGUUUCAACCUGCAUGUACUAAGGAUGAUUUCUUGUGGUUUAAGGUCAAGGCAAGGCACUCUGUUGGUAGACUCCGACAAGCAUACAUCAAGCAAAAGGCGGUAACAGAUGUCGAAUUUGCAUAUGAUGGCGUACCUAAGAUCGAUGAUGCUGUUCAAGUCCGAAAUCUCAACCAAUUCAAUGAUAAUAUCGUUGUGUUUACAACUAAACUUCGACAGACGCAGCCUCCUAGGAUGCCUUUGCAGCCUAUUGAUCCCCAGACUUCCACCCCACGGAAGCAUGCAGACCAGAAACCGAUGCUCAAGAGCGAGCCACAGGCUUCUCCUAGCCGUUCACCAUUCUUAAAUAUGCUACCUGCGGCUAGUACGUUGGAUAGAGCGGUUAUGCCUUCACCUCAAACGGUGGCAGUGAAGCACGAACCCGAACACCAACCUUGGUUCCCCCUAGAGGUUGCAAGACCAACAGUUCCUGAAAAAGCCUUCGCGCCAAAAACAGAAGAGGCAGAGGAUGAGAUGGAUAUGGACCACAAAGAGCCGGUGCCGGAUCAUGGGAGCGUAAGAAACGCAGAGAUGCAGAAGCUCAUCGAAACGGCGACGCCCGAAUACUUGAGGCCAAGGUUGCUGAUUACAAGCAUCUCCUUGGAUAAUAAGCAUUGGCUCGAACAACUAUCAAACUUACGGAACACCACAGUCCAGACACCUACCGUCAUCGGUGUAGUAGGCAAUACAGGUGCCGGCAAGAGUUCUGUUAUCAACGCUCUCUUAGAAGAAGAACGGCUUGUACCAACCAACUGCAUGAGAGCUUGCACGGCCGUCGUUACUGAAAUGUCAUGGAAUGAUUCUGAUGACCCAUUGAAAAAAUACCGUGCGGAAAUUGAAUUCAUCGACCCCAAGGAGUGGGAAAAGGACCUGAAAGCUUCUUUAGACGAAUUAACCACCGAAAGUGGAUCUCUCGCCAGAGAUAAUGGCAAUCCAGAUUCUGAAGCCAGUGUUGCGUGGGCAAAAGUUCGGGCUGUUUACCCUCUGAAAACUAAGGAGCAACUUGCUGAAAGCAGUGUUGAGCAACUUAUGAAAGAACAGGCCGUGCAAAACGUGCUGGGAACGACGCAGAAACUCGAGAAAAGGGAUUCAGACGUCUUUUACCGCGCUCUACAGUACUAUGUGGAUAGCAAAGAAAAGUCGAAAAAGAAGAAAGACAAAAAUGCUCCGGCCGAGAAGAAGCAGAUGGAAUUUUGGCCUCUGAUUAAGGUGGUCAGGAUUUACGUAAAAGCUGAUGCUCUGUCCACUGGGGCAAUCUUGGUCGACUUACCUGGAGUACAUGAUUCUAAUGCUGCCAGAGCUGCGGUUGCCGCAGGUUAUCUUAAACAAUGUACCGGCUUAUGGGUCGUGGCACCAAUUGGCAGAGCGGUCGACGACAAAGCUGCCAAAAAUCUUCUUGGGGAGUCUUUCAAGCGUCAAUUGAAGUUUGAUGGUACCUACUCACGAGUGACAUUUAUUUGCUCCAAGACAGACGACAUAUCUACAACUGAAGCUGCGGAUACCCUGAACUUGGAAGAUCGUGUAGGUGAUGAUUGGGCAAGGAAGGAUGAAAUCGAAGAGGAGCAAGCAACACUCCAACAGGACGUGAAAGAUCUCCUCGAAACAAAAUCCUGUUAUCUGGAUACCAUCAACGCAGCUGAGAACGAAACCGAAGUUUACGAGGAGCUGUUGAAAAGUCUGAAGGAUGAAGAAACUGUAUACGCUCCCUCGACUAAAAAGAGAAAGCGGUCGCCAAAACCCGAAAAGACUCGCAAGAAGAAGAAGUCGAAGCAAGCUGAGGAUAGUGAUGAUGAUAGCUUUAUCAACGACGACGACGAGGAAGAAGAAGCCAUCUCUAGUGAAGAUGAGGAUGAGGAUCAGAGCGACGACAGCGACAACGAGCCUGAAGAAGAAGAGCGAACUCCCCUGACCGAAGAGGAUAUUCAAAAAGUCCUUGAAAAUAUGAAAACCCAAAAGAAAAACGCUCGCCGCGAACGAACAGAAAUUGAUCACAAGGUCGCCGCCAAGAAAGCCGAAAUUGCAUCGUUGGAAAAAGCAAAGAAGGUCAUUGAGGUCAGGGUCAAUUCUAUCUGCAUUCAAGCAAGAAACGACUAUUUCACUACAGCCAUCCAGCAAGAUUUUGCCGACGGCGUGAAGGAAUUAGACAUGGAAAACGCUGAAGAAGAGAAUGAAGACAACUUUGACCCAGAUAGGGAGAUUCGAGACUAUGCUGAAGUUGCAAAGUCAUUGAAGGUGUUCUGCGUUAGUUCGAGAGCUUACCAAAAGCUUUCUGGUCGAAUGAAGAAAGAUGCGGAUGUACCAGGCUUUCCGGAAAAGGACGAUACAAUGAUUCCUCAACUCCAAGCUCACUGCAAAAAGUUGACUGAAGGCGGCCGAGCAUCCAACUGUCGCAGAUUCCUCACCGACCUGAAUCAACUGCUAAAUUCUCUCAGUCUUUGGUCUGCGAAUGACGGCACUGGAUUACAUAUGACCAAAUCACAAGUCGAUGCUGAAUCUCGAUUCUUGAAAGCUCGUCUUCAAACUCUUGACAAGAGCUUGGACAAGACAGUAGAGGAAUGUCUUCAAGAUAUGAGAGAUACCCUUGCAGAGAACAUUUUUUCGAAUUUCCCAGCUCUGGUGCAGCAGGUAGCUGCAGAAGCAACAUCCACAGCUCAGCGCUGGGGAGAUCGCAACAAUGGAGGAUUCUACUGGUCAACUUACAAAGCUCUGUGUCGCAGAUCAGGUGUCUUUCAGAAUGGCACUGGUCUACACGAUCUGAACGCGGAUCUGGCUGAACCCAUUAUGAAAAGUUUGGCUAACAACUGGGAGAAGGCGUUUGGUCGCAGACUUCCAGGUGUUUUAGAAAACUUUUCGAAGAAAUCCAAAAGCUUUUUAUAUGCGUUCCACAAGGAAGUCGAAACCUGGUGCGUCAAAAAUGGUAUUGGUGUUGCUGGAUUGGGGAUGCUUGGUCAACAGCUCCGAAACUACGAAGCCACAUUUACGGAUUUGGUAGGCGUAAUGAAAGGAUUUAUCAACGAUAUUCAGCGAGAUGCCAAUCGAGAAUUCACACCAGCAAUUGCAAGCAAGCUUGCAUCUGCAUAUGAGUUCUGUGCUUCAGAAGUUGGACCUGGUCAACUUGUUAGGAUGAAACGCCAUAUGGGCGAGCAUAUUGAGGACACAAGGUCAGCCAUGUUUAGAGAGAGUGUCGAUGCUGUGCAAACUAGACUGGUCACGAUGUGCAAGCAGGUUGCAGAGGAGAUGGCUGCUAAGACUGAGGAAGUUUGGUCUAUCAUGAACCGGGACUAUACUCAAGUCAAUUCUGGAACUCAACUUCCAGAAGGCGAACAGAUGCCUAAAUGGGAACGCAAUCUUCGUGCUGAGAUUGCCAACAUGCUCAGAGAACCUGAAAAGACCAUUGAAAUUGUGAAACAAGCUAUCGAACAGGCUCGACUGGCUGAAGAAGCAAGGUUAAAGGCCGUUGAGGAAGCCAGGAUAGCUGCUGAGGCAGAAAGAGCGCGACUUCUAGCAAAAGCAAAAAAAGCCGAGGAAGAGAGAAUAGCAAUGGAGAAGAAAAUUGCUGAGGCUAAAAAGGCGGUUGAGGAGAAGAUCCGAAAGGAAGCCGAGGAGGAAAAGGCCAAAGCUGAAGAAGAGAAGAUGCAGAGAGAAGCUGAAGAGAAGAAAGCUCUUGAAGAUAGUGCAGCAGAGGUCGACAACACCGAAUCUGCGCUAGCUCCAAUUGAAGAGUCUACUGAAGACUCGCCGGUAAAGCCUUCUGAGACUGGACCAGGUGCUGAGAGCACUGAGAUGGACAUCGAUAGAAUUUCCGGGACUGAAGUUGGCAAGGAAGCUAAUGUUGAAAAGCCAGUCGAUCACAUCGAGACCGAUAAGAUGGAUGUUGACAUUCCCCAAGACAACGAGCCAAAAGCAAAUGAAACACAAGUCGAGGAGCCCAGCGCCCAUACAUCAGAAACCGUCACACCAUUGUGA